CGGAACAAAUGACUCGUUCCCAGGGCCACUAAGAACUGCCAUGUCCCCAUCUAGCAUGCUGGGGACAAACUCUAGACGCAAAUAUUUACCGAGAAACAAAAUAUGAAAAGAGGAAAGGAUGUGAGGAUCCUUAUAUUACUUUUUUUCGCCGUGGGGGUGGGGGUAAGGGGCGUGAGUGUUACCCUGGACGAUCUGACGUCACGGUACCUAUGUGCGUCACAGUGUUUGACUUUCUCCUCCGAUAGCCCAAACAUUUAUUCGCAGUACUCUGCAUACUGUGCACAACCAAAUCCACAGUUUUCGUACGGAUGUCAGAGUCAGGGCUGUGCUGGGUCUUGUAACUCCCUGAUUUUGAUUAUUCAUGAUAUCAGGAAAUCGGCAAGUAUUCCAUCACUCAGUGCCCAUUAUGUAACAGGAACAGAUAUACAGAUCACGUGGUCCUCUCCAGCCACGCCCUAUUACACGCGCUACCUUCUGCAGAUUAAAUCCUACAGACAAUGGAUAUCCAUCGCAGAGAUAACCACAACAAGCUAUAGAUACCACAACCCUAAUCCUUGCAACAACAUAACGUUUCGUGUAAUAGCCGUCAAUCAGUAUGGAACCAAAGGAUUCUCCAGUGCUUGGACUGCUAUAGCUCCAAAGCCACCUUCUGCUCCACAGAAUGCACAGUUAAUGUUUGGCGCCAUGUCCUACAACCCGGGAUCAAAAGAGUUCGCUGGGAUCUUACAGGUGGAAGGAAUUCAAGACUGGAAGGCAGAGGAUAUAGAGUACUACCAAUGGAGUACACAACCCACCGCCUACUGCCGAAACAUGAACAGCUUGGUACUGCCAAUAUUCGAUCCAUUGGCAUCGACUGAUGCUAUUCGUGCAGUUUCCAAAUGUGGAGUCCCAGGACCAUACAAUAACAUUACCAUUGAUUUAUCAGUCGACCCACCAGGAGUCGUGGAAAACGUCACUUUGAGGAUGGACAUGAACCAUCCCCAAAUCUGGUUAAAAGUUCAAUGGAAAAAGCCAUCGGACCUAGGGUCUAUGGGAGUAAUAAAUCACUAUUUAAUGAGGUGGGGCAAAGUCAUAAUUCCUCCGUUUUUUCUGGAUCAACCACAAUACACCCAUGAGCCACUCAAUACAACUUUAGAUAGUAAUAUCGUUGAAUUCGGAAUUCAAGUCAAUGACGAGCCUAACGCAGUCUAUGGAUUUCAGAUCAUACCCAUUGCACCCACUCAAAUUGUGCAACCCUUUGAUUAUGAUAAGUUCCAAGUUUUCGCCAUUACCCUAAAAAAUCGCACAUCUUGUCAAAAUACUAACAUGCAAGGGUCUAGAAUAUCUUGUGAUGAGGAUGGAGUGUCAAUAAUCCAGUUCAGCAACACUCUAGACAUCACCUACGUCUGGCGUGUACCAAGUCACUCUAAUGUACAAGUUUUCGAUGACGAGGAAUUCCAUGAUAAGUAUGCUAUACAGUUAGGGGAAGUGGUCCAUUCACCGCCACCUGUCGGACAACAGCUCACCAACACUAAUGUUACCGUCGUGGAAUCUGUUUGUGAAGAGCAAGAAACAGUUGAAAAGAAUAAAUACACAUUGUGUGCAGCAGAACGGGACUCCGUAGUUUUCCGCAAUCUGGAACCGGAAGUGAUGUAUGGAGUCAGGGUUAUUGGAUUAAAGGAUUCAGAGCCAUUGCCAACAGAAAAAAGAUGGCGUAUGAUGAAAAUUCACACCUUUACUUUGAAUGAAACGACAGAAGAGGUCAACGCGACGUCUUCAACAGAAAUAUUGAAAGACCACCGAGACGAGUUAAUCGCUAUUGCUGUUGUGUUGUCUGUAGUGCUUUUUGUUGUUCUCCUUGUGUUGUGUUAUACACUGAAGAGAAAUAAGCAGAGGAAAAUGUCAUCUUUAGACAACCACCUGUUGUUUGGCGAUUCCAACCCCAACAACGCUUACAGCCAGAUUGAAAGGGCGAUGCUCACUGCAACUACUCUAACAGUUGUUGCCGACAAAUGGGAGAUACCACAUAAUUGUGUUCGCAUCGGCCGGAUGCUGGGGAGCGGUGCGUUUGGUUAUGUUUUGAAAGGCCGUGUAAGCCGAAGCAUAUUACAACACAGAGGUAUUACAAUACCGUUUGAUCCCGUGAAAAAGAAAACAUAUGUGCCAGUGGCGGUCAAAUUGAUGCAAGAGGGAUCAUCAGAAACAAAGAGGGAAGAAUUUUUAAAGGAAAUUCGAAUAAUGAAGGGUAUUGGAUAUCACAAGAAUAUUAUAAGCAUGUUGGGCUGUUGCACAUUGAAUGAUCCAAUCUGUCUGAUAGUAGAGCAUGCAGCAAAAGGAGAUAUGUUGUCUUAUCUUAGAAACAUCAGGCAAAACAUUCAAAAGAGUAACGACAACGCACAAUAUGUUAAUCAAGAAAUUGAGACAGUAGGCCCCCAGGAACUACUCUCUUUUGCCAGACAAAUUUCCACUGGAAUGGAGUUCCUCUCCCAGAAAGGUUAUAUCCAUCGUGAUUUGGCAGCAAGAAACAUAUUAGUGGACAAGAACAACUUGGUAAAAAUUGGCGAUUUUGGUCUCACGCGUUACACGUUAGACAACAAAGUUUACGUAAACCGGAAGGGUGGUCGACUGCCCCUAAAAUGGAUGUCAAUUGAGGCCAUCAACGAACUGACAUUUUCUUCUGCAAGCGAUGUAUGGUCAUUCGGUAUCCUCUUGUUUGAAAUCGUCACGCUUGGUGGAACACCUUACCCGACGAUUGACAUGCGAGAUUUGUUGUUAGAAUUGAAGAAUGGAUACAGAAUGGAAAGACCUGACAACUGUUCAGAGGAAAUAUACCAAAUCAUGCGUUCUUGUUGGCGCGAAGACCCAAACAGUAGACCAAGUUUUACCGAGCUCUGCAGAACGUUUGAUUCAAUGUUAGAAACAAGUUGUGGGGAACACUAUAUUAAUUUUGAACUUGAUGACAGCAAAAUAUACUAUCAGGUUCAUGAUAUCCUCAAUAGUCAAAAUACUACAACAGCGUCAAUACCACCUGCUGAGUUAGACUGCUUUGAUAAACUAGACAAAACAAAUGAAACAGACAUAAACACUGAAGAUAUUGUUAAUUACAACGUCACAAGUCACGUGGAAGAUGCCUGUUCUACAAAGGAACAGAUUCCUCGAAACAAAUGUUCUCUUAAUGAUGAUGGAGAGGUCCAUGUAGUAGAAGUCCUCGUGGAAACAAAUAGUGUGGAGAGUACAAACGAUUCUUGUCAUCCAAAUUCUAGAACUGUGACAUUUUGCAGCUCUUUGAACACGCUUGCAGCUCGAAAAAGAGUACAAACAGGUUCACCUCACAUUAAUAAGAAAUAUUCUAUAUCAUCAGUACCUAAAUUUAAUAUUGUCAAUCAGCUAUAUAGACACGAUCCAGUUUCUCCGAAAGCCAGUAGUAGUCCGGAUCUUGAAAGUUUACAAAGAAACAGCGCUAUUGACUGCGAUGCAGAUGAAAGCAGCAUCGGUAGUACUUGUUCGAAAUGUUCAACGUCAUCAAAUGGCGAUGACGACGUAUUUUACCCAGAGAGUAACAGUGUUAUUAAAAAAGAAUCAAACACACUAAACAAAUCUGCUGAUAGACCAAGGCGUUACCGUAACGAAACCAGAAAAGGUGAUCCUCACACGUUGGUUACGAUGUUUUUAUCUGACGACCCCCAAAACGAUUCUGGAGUGUCGACUUCUAGUGCUAAUGAAUUGUCCGUACAGAGUGGCCAAGUUUUUAUAUUUCCUCCGGACAAAAAUAUUCCCCUAAAGGCUGAAGAUGAAGACGAUCACGUGACGAACUCAACGUCCAGCGACUGUGAGAAUAAAAGUCUGUCACAGGAAAUCGAAAUGUCCACAGACACAUGUGUUUGGGACAGCGACGAACAGACACUGGACACAUAUGUUUAGAGAUUUCUUCAAUUAAUUUGUUUCUGAAAAAUGGCAUUUUAUGAUAUUGAAUGUUUUGAAUAACUUGAAGUGUUAUUCACAUUUUAAAAUGAAUCAUUUAUAGGUAUACUAAAGUCAUGAUCCUAACAUCAGGUAAAUUUGCGAUGUUCAAUUAAUUCUGGAUGUCUGUCUGUCUGGGUUUUUUUUUCGGUAUACGUUGUAAUCUAAUAUCUUGUCAUGAAAUAUUGACAAUUAUAAGCAUAAUCACUUACUGUACAAUUAUAGCAUUUGCCUAAUAAGUUGAGGUAAAAAUAAAAUACCAGCGUGUUAUUUGCUAUAGAUAACACUUUGGGGAUGUUUAACGAUUAACUGUUACACCCAGUGACAAAAUACCAAUCGGAAUACGCGGAUUAAGACAAGACUAUGACGGCUAUCAUAUUCGUGAUGCAUAGAUGCAAAGUAGAAGUUAAACUGUUUGUUAUCAAUUGCUUGUCACAGAUAUUGAUUUAUCUUGAUUUCCCCGAUCCUGAAAUGAUAGACCGAAAGAAAACUGAAACAUUUCACAUCAGCUGAUAUAAUUCUAGACCAAUGGCUGAAAAUAUCUUUUUUUAAGAAUAGAAGAAAUUUCCUGCUAUUAAAGUCAUGAUUUGUUUUUUGUAGAUUGAGAAGCAGAUAGCAUUUGAUUAUUGUUCCCUCUUUUAAAAAAAAGCAAAAUUGAUACGAGCAACUUCAACAGAUAUGAAUAGUUCAUUUACGAUUGAGUUGGUUCCUUUUUUACAUGUCAGUUACCAAUAAAACUAC